GCGGACAGCGUCAGGCCUUGUGCGCGGGCUCUGCGCAUGCCUUGUCUGCCGGCUACCUCUAGGUUUCCGCCUUUCCUUCUGUUUUUUUAGGUCUUACGUGGGAGGCAGUCCCGGGGUUGUAAGGGUCCGCGCAGCUCUUCUAGGGCGAAUGCAACCCGAUGAGGGAGCGGGGUAAGCCCCGGUGGGUUGGGCAAGGACAGAGGAGGCCCCGCGUGACUCCCGGAACGGGCGGCAGGUGCCGGUGGUGGGGAGGAGCCCCAGGGACCUCACUAGGGAACCCCGGGACGACUGGGCUGAAGCAUCUGCCAGGACGCUAGGCCGGUUCUUCAGAGGGACAGCCGGUGUACGGAGCGGCCUGCGCAGUGCGUGCCGCCCCAUUUGUCGGGGAGGCCGCGGAAGAGGCUGUAUCUUCAGAGUUGUCUCUGUCUUUCAAGAACAGAACAAAAUGAACAAGGUGGAACAGAAGUUCCAGGGGUCAAUAUCAUUUAAAGAUGUGACUGUGGGCUUCACCCAGGAGGAGUGGCAGCGCCUGGACCGUGGUCAGAGAGCUCUGUAUAGAGACGUGAUGCUGGAGAACUACAGCAACCUUGUCUCAGUAGGGUAUUGUGUUCACAAACCAGAGGUGAUCUUCAGGCUGGAGCAAGGAGAAGAGCCAUGGAGACUGGAGGAAGAAUUUCCAAGCCAGAGCUUCCCAGAAGUCUGGACAGCUGAUCACCUAAAAGAGAGGAGCCAAGAAAACCAAUCUAAACAUUUGUGGGAAGUUGUAUUCAUCAAUAAUGAAAUGCUGACUAAGGAACGAGGUAAAGUAAUAGGAAUACCAUUUAACUUGGAUGUAAGUUCUUUUCCUUCCAGAAAAAUGUUCUGUCAGUGUGACUCAUGUGGAAUGAGUUUCAACACUGUUUCAGAAUUGGUUCUCAGUAAGAUAAACUAUUUAGGAAAAACGCCUGAUGAAUUUAAUGCCUGUGGGAAGUUGUUACUCAAUAUUAAGCAUGAUAAAACUCAUACUCAAGAGAAAAAUGAAGUUUUGAAAAAUAGGAACACUCUGAGUCUUCGUGAGGACACUUUGCAGCAUGGGAUGAUUCAAACUUUAGAGCACAAUUUUGAAUAUAGUAUAUGUCAGGAAACCAUCCUUGAAAAGGCAAUAUUCAAUACACAGAAGAGAGAGAAUGCAGAAGAGAAUAACUGUGAAUAUAAUGAAUUUGGGAGAACUUUCUGUGAUAGUUCUUCCCUCUUGUUCCAUCAGAUACCUCCCUCAAAGGCCAGUCACUAUGAAUUUAGUGAUUGUGAGAAGUCCUUAUGUGUGAAGUCUGCCUUUUCUAAACAUGAGGUACCUAUGAAACACUAUGAUUGUAGUGAAAGUGGGAAUAAUUUCAGGAGGAAAUUGUGUCUGUCACAGCUUCAGAAAGGUGAUAAAGGAGAGAAACACUUUGAAUGUAAUCAAUGUGGGAAAGCUUUCUGGGAGAAGUCACAUCUCACGCGACAUCAGAGGGUGCACACGGGAGAGAAACGCUUUCAAUGUAAUGAAUGUGGGAAAACUUUCUGGGAGAAAUCAAACCUCACUAAACAUCAGAGAUCACACACAGGGGAGAAACCUUUUGAAUGCAAUGAAUGUGGGAAAGCCUUUAGCCAUAAGUCAGCCCUCACAUUACACCAGAGAACACAUACAGGGGAGAAACCCUAUCAAUGUAAUGUGUGUGGGAAAACUUUUUACCAGAAAUCUGACCUCACUAAACAUCAGAGAACACACACUGGGCUGAAACCGUAUGAAUGUUAUGAAUGUGGAAAAUCCUUCUGUAUGAAUUCACACCUUACAGUACAUCAGAGAACUCACACAGGUGAGAAACCUUUUGAAUGUCCUGAGUGUGGGAAAUCCUUUUGUCAAAAGUCACAUCUUACACAGCAUCAGAGAACUCACAUAGGAGAUAAACCUUAUGGAUGUAAUGCAUGUGGGAAAACUUUCUACCACAAGUCAGUACUCACCAGGCAUCAGAUAAUUCAUACAGGGUUGAAACCUUAUGAAUGUUAUGAAUGUGGGAAAACCUUCUGCUUGAAGUCAGACCUCACAGUACAUCAGAGAACUCACACAGGGGAGAAACCCUUUGCAUGUCCUGAAUGUGGGAAAUUCUUCAGCCAUAAGUCAACCCUCUCUCAGCAUUACAGAACACACACAGGGGAGAAACCCUAUGAAUGUCAUGAAUGUGGAAAAAUCUUUUACAAUAAAUCAUACCUAACUAAACAUAAUAGAACACAUACAGGGGAGAAACCCUAUGAAUGCAAUGAAUGUGGAAAAACCUUCUGCCAGAAGUCACAACUCACUCAGCAUCAGAGAAUUCACAUAGGGGAGAAACCCUAUGAAUGUAAUGAGUGUGGAAAAGCCUUCUGUCAUAAGUCAGCUCUAAUUGUACAUCAGAGAACCCAUACAGAAGAAAAGCCCUAUAAAUGUAACGAAUGUGGAAAAUCUUUCUGUGUGAAGUCAGGACUUAUUUUACAUCAAAGAAAGCACACAGGGGAGAAACCCUAUGAAUGCAAUGAAUGUGGGAAAUCCUUCAGUCACAAAUCAUCACUCACAGUACAUCACAGGGCUCACACAGGAGAGAAAUCUUGUCAAUGUAAUGAAUGUGGGAAAAUCUUUUACCGUAAAUCAGACCUUGCUAAACAUCAGAGAUCACAUACAGGGGAAAAGCCCUAUGAAUGUAACACAUGCAGGAAAACCUUCUCUCAAAAGUCAAACCUCAUUGUACAUCAGAGAACACACAUAGGAGAAAACAUUAUUAAUGAAAUGGAUAUUAGAAAUUUCCAGCCACAAGUCAGCCUCUACAAUGCCUCAGAGUAUUCACAUUGUGGAGAAAGCCCUAUUGACAUCCUGAAUGUUUAGUAACUAUCCACAAACUUGCCUUAAAUUACUCCAAAGUAACAGCAGGAAAUAAACCCAUAGACUACAACAAUUAUAGGACAGCCUUUGUUAGGAAGUUACAUUCUAUUGAAUAUCAGAUGGUUAAUACUGGCAUAAAACCUUACAGAAUUUUUUGAAUUUCUGAAAGUUUUUGGCAAAAAUACAAACAAGAUUAUGUUAGAGUUUACACUGUGGAGAAAAGUGUCAAUUUAAGAAAUCUAAAGUGAAAAUUUUGCUUAGCAAUAAAAUAUAACAAGUUGUUUUCUGUUUGAUGCCGUAACAGUUUUUAGGGCACCUAACAAUAAUUUAUGGAUGUAUAUUGUAGAAUGUAAAGCUUUAAGGACUUAAAAAAAGUAAUAAUUAAAAUAACCUCACAAGAAGUUGUAAUGAGUACAGAGAAUUCCCGUGUACACUUCACCAAGCUUCCUCUGAGGAUAAUAUAUAAUCAUAGUGUAUGGUCAAGUCCAAGAAAUUGAUGUUACCAUGCUAGUAGAUACAGACCUACUAAGAUAUUACCAUGGUUUGCAUGUAUCAUGUAUGUGUGUGUGGUUAUAUCAAACUUUUACCACUUUUACAUUUGAGUAACCAUCAACACAAUUAACUGGAAAGGAAUCUGAGAUCCAUAUUGUAUCAGGAUUACAAAGGAAUCAGGAUUUAGCCUCAAGUAGUUAAUAACCAUACCCUUUCUGCAAUCCUAUCCCUGGCAUCCACUUUGAAUAUGAAGCUUUUUUUUUUAAGCACAGAUAAAUUGAAUAAUCAGGGCAAUAGCAUUAAACACAUCUGUGAAUUAUCCCUGAAGUUCAUAGGACUUACAUAUAUGCAAGUGCUAUGUGAUAUAAACCAUGUGCUUCAUAUGCAUAAUGGAAUUUAACAUAAUUGUGAAUAAGAAGUAAUUCCAUAAUUGUGAAUAAGAAGUAGGUAUCCCUAGUUUAGUAGUGGUUACAUCAUCAGGCCCAUCCCAGAUGUUUGUCAUGUUAUGAAACAAUUUAAAGGAGACCCACAGAGCUAAUUUUUAUCCAUUUAAAGUACAGUAAUGUCAAAAUAACAAAUUGUCCAAAAAACAAUCUGUCCUGUACAUGUGAAAAUGUAGGCCUGCCUCCAUGUUACUCCCUUUUUCGUCUCAUCCCACACCAUGAAGUGCCUGGGGUACCUAUGUGAACACUUCAGCCUUCAGCCUAAAUGAUAGUCCAAAUUUUCUUUAAGCAGCUGCUCUCUAAGACAAGGCCCUAGAAAGAGGCCCACACAUAUAAUAUAGUACAGUUGCUGUCCAGGGCUGUUGGACUGUCAUUUCAAGGCUCAGUGUACCCAGACAGGGAUCUGGGUCCUCAGAGACUUUUGAGAAUAUGAAGAGGAGGGUUGAGGCUGGAGCAGAGCCAGGAUCAAGGUGGCGUGGAGCUUAAUUUAUUGACAGUGUGAAGACUGUUCACUAUAUUACAUGAUCAGAUCAUACAAAUAAUCUAAGAUUAUGCAGUCUAGUGAUCCUAGCUUACACAAGUAAUCUAAGCUUCCACUUUAGGGAACUAGAAAAAGAAGAGCAAAUUAAAUCCAAAGUAACCUGGAAAAAAAUGAGAGUAAAAAAGAGUGAAAUUGAAGAAAGAAAAUCAAUAAAACCCAAACCUUGUUCUUUGAAAGGUCAGUAAAAUUGAUAAACCUCUAGCUAGAUUAAGAAAAAAAAAGAAGACAAAUAUUGCUAAUGUCAAAAAAUGAAAAGCCAUCACAGCUGAUCCUGUGAUUACCAAAAGUAUUAUAAAAAAUAUGGACAACUCUGUCCAUAAAUUUGUUAGCUAAAAUGAACCAAUUCCUUGUAAGAUGCAUUCUCUCAAAACUCAUACAAGAUAAACCUCAAUAGGCAUAUAUACCUGUUAAAUACAUUGAAGCAGUAAUUAAUAACCUUCAAAAACAAAGUACUGGGACCAAAUGGGUUCACUGAUGUGCAUUUUUUGAAAUACCUAAGGUAGAAAUGAUACCAAGUCUCUACCAUCUCUUUCAGAAAAUGAAAGCAGAGAUAACACUUACCAACUUAUUUUUGUGUGGCCAGCAUUACCCUAAUACCAAAACCAGGCAAAAAUAUUACAAGAAAGGAAAACUACAGAUCAGUAUUUCCAGUGAACACAGAUGCAGAAAUCCUCAAAAUAUUAGCAAAUCAGGAAUGCAAGGCUGGUUCAAUAUUUGAUAAUCAGCUCAUAGAUGACAUAUGAUCAUAUCAAUAGGUACAGAAAAAGCGUUUGACAAAAUCCAAUGCCCAUUCAUGAUAAAACUCAACGAGGGAUACAGAGGAACUUACUCAACUUGGUAAAGAACUACUACAAAAAAAAACUAUAGCUAACAUCAUCCUUCCAACUAGAUGCUUUUCUGGUAAGAACAGGAACAAGGCAAGGAUAUUCCCUCUCACCACUGCUUUUCAACAUUGUACUAGAAGUGCUAUCUAAUGCAGUG